GUGGUUGCUCCAUUCCCAUGACUCUCAUCCGGUACACGCGGUCGACACUUCGUACCACUUUGUGCGUUUCCCUGCCCGGAGUAUUGUCGCGCGUUUUGCCUACCUUGACGCUUCAGAUUCUCCCUCGAGAUCCCUCACCUUACUUUUGGUCUUUAUGGUGCAAGUGUAGCCGCCAUUGCGGGACGCGGGAACAUGGCGCGUUACGGACAACGGCCCGAGAACGCCCUAAAACGAGCAAACGAGUUCAUUGAAGUGGGUAAGCCAGCCCGAGCGUUAGACACAUUGCAAGAAGUCUUCCGCAAUAAGAAAUGGACGUACAACUGGUCGGAGUCGGUGUUGGAGCCCAUAAUGUUCCGAUACCUGGAUCUCUGUGUGGAGCUGAAGAAGUCGCACAUAGCGAAGGAGGGCCUGUUCCAAUACAGAAACAUGUUCCAGUCUGUCAACGUCGGCAGCUUGGAAAAUGUGAUACGCGGCUACCUGAGAAUGGCUGAGGAGAAGACUAACGCGGCGCGUAAGCAGAGCCAGCAGGCCGUGAUCGACAUCGACGAUCUCGACAAUCUCGCCACGCCCGAGAGUAUCCUCCUGUCGGCUGUCAGCGGAGAGGACGCGCAGGACAGGAGCGACCGUACCAUUUUGACGCCGUGGGUGAAGUUCUUGUGGGAGUCGUACUGCCAAUGCCUGGAGUUGCUCAGAACCAACGCGCACGUGGAGACCCUCUAUCACGACAUCGCGCGUAUGGCCUUCCAGUUUUGCCUCGAGUACAGUCGUAAGACUGAAUUUCGUAAAUUGUGCGAGAAGCUGCGAAAGCACCUCGAGGAGAUAUGCAAACUGCCGCCGCUUGUGUCGAACGUUUCCAUGAACAAGGCGGAGACGCAACAGCUGAAUUUAGAGACUCGAUUGAACCAGUUGGACUCCGCGAUACAGAUGGAACUCUGGCAGGAAGCUUUUAAAUCGUCGGAGGACGUGCACGGUAUGAUGAAUCUGUCGAAGAAGCUUCCCGUGCCGAAAACCAUGGCUAAUUACUACCAGAAGCUGGCCAUGGUUUUCUGGAAAGCUGGAAACUAUCUGUUCCACGCAGCCGCGUUGUUCAAGCUGCUGCAGCUCUCGCGUGAGAUGAAGAAGAACAUGUCCUCGGAGGAGCAGCAGCGAAUGGCGAAUCGCGUCUUGUUGGCCACGCUAUCGAUACCGCUACCGUCCGCGCAUCCCGAAUUCGAUCGUUUCAUAGAAACCGACAAAAGCCCGUUAGAGAAGGCACAGAAACUCGCGACUCUUCUGGGGCUCUCGCAACCGCCGACGCGUGUCUCUCUGUUGAAGGACAUCGUGCGCUUGAACGUUGUCAGUCUUGCGUCGCCGCAGCUGCAGGAGCUGUACUCGUGGCUCGAGGUGGAGUUCCAUCCAUUGGAGCUCUGCAGCAGGGUCGAUUCCGUUAUUCAAACGUUGCAAGCGGACGAGAACAGCCCGCUGAUUCAGUACAUCCCAGCCUUGCAGGAUGUCACGCUCGUACGCCUUGUUCAUCAGAUCUCGCAGGUCUACCAGACCAUACAGUUCUCCAGGCUUCUGGAACUGGCCCAGUUCACUACUGAUUUUCACUUGGAACGCCUCUUGGUGGACUGCGUACGCUACAACGACAUGCAGAUCAGAAUAGACCACGGCAAAUCGUGCAUUCAUUUCGGAGUAGACCUUUCGGAGGCCCAACGGGAGGACCAUCCGGACGGCCCGGUGCUGCAAGCGAUGCCCUCCGAGCAAAUACGUUGCCAGCUGGUGAACAUGGCGACCGUGUUACACCGCGCGAUCAACGUGAUCAAUCCCAACAAGAAGAAGCUCGAGCGCGAGAAGCUGCGCAGCGCGAUGGUCGCGCACUAUCACGAGACUAAAAUGAAGGAGCAUCAGAGAAUCCUGGGCCGACACAAGAUCAUCGAAGAGCGCAAGGAGUACAUCGAGCACAUCAACACGGUGCGCGAGGAGGAGGAGUUGCGCCGACAAGAGGAGCUGCAACGGCAGCAGAUGCUGGCCGAGCAGAAGCGACUUGAGCAAGAGCGCGAGGAGCGCGAGAGAAAGCGCCAGCAGAGCGAGAUUCAGCAGAUCAAGGAUCGUCAUCUCAAGGAAAAGAUGCAACAAAUCUCGCAGACCAGCCACGGACAGAAGGUGCUGAAGAAGCUGGACGAGGACGAGAUCAAGAAGCUCGACGCGGAGCAGAUCGCGGCGCGAGAAGCCGAGGAAUUGCAAAAGGAGCGCAGGGAGAUGCAACAGAAGCUGAAAUCCCAGGAGAAGAAGGUCGAUUACUUGGAGCGUGCCAAACGGCUCGAGGAAAUCCCAUUGCUUGAGAAGGCUGUGGAAGAGAGGAUGCAACAGGCUAAGCAGCUUUGGCAUCAACAGGAGGACGAACGGAUCGCCGCUGCUAUUGAGGAACGGCAGGAAGCCGUUGCGACUCAAGAACGCCUGGCGCGAAUGAAGGACGAUCACGACAGUUUCCUGGCGAAGAUUCUGGAUGAACGUAAGAAUAUAUAUUUGGAGAAACUGAAGGAGUUUCUCAAGCUAUUGAACGAAGAGCGCGCCAAGCGAUUAUUGAAACGUAAGAUGGAGCGCAAGGCCGAGCGUAAAGCGAAGUGGGAAAAGGAGCGCGCCGAGGCUGCUGAGCGAAGACGGCAGGAGGAGUUGCGCAUCAAACAGGAGGAGGAGAAGAAACGUCUCGAAGAAGAAAGAGCCAAGAGAGAGGAGGAAGAGAGAAUCAGACGAGCCGAGGAAGAGGCCAAGGAAGCCGAGCGUUUGGCCAAGCUUAAGAAACAAACUGAAAUCGCCAGAGCCAAGGAAGCCGAAAUCGAACGUAAAUUGGAGGAGGAACGGCAGAGAGACAAAGAAACGUGGCGACGUACGGAUAGAGAGCACGAUCGUGAUCGUGAUCGUGAUCGUGAACGCGAACGUGAACGUGAACGCGAUAGUUCAAAAAUCGAGUCGUCAUGGAGACGUAAUCCCGAUAAGGAGUCUGAUGGGUUCAAGAAUGAAACAGAACGUUGGAAAAAACGUGACGACAAAAUCGAAGAGCCGAAUUCAUGGAAGAGGAGGGAACCGGAAGGCAACCGGCGGGACAUGGAUAAAUGGAGAAGAAGCGACGACACGGACAGAUGGAAGAAGGAUACUAUGCGGGACAUGGAGAAAUGGAGGAAGGACGAUGACAAAGAUGAUUCUAUGAGAGAUCGAGACAGACUGGAAAACCGUGGUUUUGACAAAAGAGAAGACCGUGACCGUGACCGUGACCGUGAGCGUGAUCGUGAUCGUGGUGGUGAUCGUGACCGCGAUCGCGACCGUGGAAUAGAUGGACGUGGAAUACGUGAUGUGCCGCGUGAACGUGAACGUCGUGGUUAUCGUCGUGACGAACCAGUACGCAAUAUCAGUCAGGACUGGCGAAAACGUGAACCUCAAGACUCUCCAAAAGAGCCACCCAAGCGCGAACGAGAUGAUCGUAAGGAUGACAGACUUCCACCUAGACCUGAUGAUAGAAGGCGACCACUGGAAGAUGACGGCUGGUCGAAAGUUAGUCGGCGCUAAUAUCUGACACUGACAACCAAUCAUAUAAUCGUUUAACGUAGAAGCAGAUCAUACUAUAGGCAGAUAGAUUUUUUAUCUGAUAACGGAAGUCUAUCAAUUUUUAUUGUUUCGUGAAUGGCUUUAUUCUCUCUCUAGACAGUAAAGUGAGACACGUCGGGGAAGCAGUGGAGAGUUGCGACUCUUCCUCAUGUAUUACGCGAAUUAAUUACAGCCAUUAUUUAUGUGCUUCUGUCUGACGUGUUCUGCUUCUGUCUAGAAAAAUAAAGCUUUGUAGAAAACAAUAAAAAUGUUACAUAUACAUAUAUAUAUAUAUAUAUACAUGCAUGUAUGUAUGUAUACGUAUAUACAUAUAUACAUGCUUGCUUAGGUAUAGGAUGGCAAGGUAUGUUGAUUUCAUUGUGCAAAACAGGAGGAACGAACCUGUUUAUGUGCGUGUGUACUUGAAAUAUCUAAUUAAGGCGAAAGUUGAAAGAAGGUCUGGAGGUAUCAAUAAAAUUCUCUCGUGUCCUACUACUUCGUAAAAUUCUUUUGCAUUAUCUCGCGUCUUUUGUCACGUGUUUCCUCAGCAGCAAAAUGUACGGUUCCCGACGAUGAUAGAACUUACAACUUACUAAUGAUUUUUGUAAUAUACUUAGGAUUGUAUAAUACAUGAGUUAUUGGAGUAAACUGGCUUAUACAUAUGUAUAUACAAUAUGUUUGUAUGUAUGUAUAAGGACGGAAGAAGAGAAACGAACCACGCACGAGGACAAUGUACAAUGUAAUUUCAUUCGCUUUAUUAUAACAUUUCGUUACAAUAAUAAAUACAUUUUUCGUGAGC